AUGACUUCCGAGGAUGAAAAGGAGUACUCCAAGCCCAUCCACGACAAUGGCGACAAAAACAUCACCGCCAAAGAACCCGAAUCUCAACAACUAGCACAGACCCAACAACGUCAACCAGCCGGCGAAGAUGUCGUGCCCUCCGUCGAAGGCAAACCAUGGAUGUACAAACCCCUCAAACUCGGGCGAUGGACAUUCCCCUGGUAUGCUUCACCCGAAACCCAACUACUCAUGGUCUCCCUUGUCUGCUUCCUAUGCCCUGGGAUGUUCAACGCCGUCAGCGGCCUCGGCGGUGGCGGACAAGUCAAUUUCCGUGAUGUGAAUAACGCAAACACCGCGUUAUACAGUACCUUUUCUGUGGUUGGCUUUUUCGCGGGGUCAAUCGCAAACAAAAUCGGACUCAAAUUGACCCUCUCCUUCGGCGGGKUUGGGUAUUUCCUGUACGUGGCGUCGUUGCUGUCGUAUAAUCAUAACCAGAAUGUUGGGUUCUUGGUCUUUGCGGGUGCGUUGUUGGGUGCUUGUGCGGGUUUGUUGUGGUGUGCCCAAGGAGCGAUUAUGAUGAGUUAUCCGUUGGAGAGCCAGAAGGGUUCAUUUAUUGCUUUCUUCUGGAUUGUUUUUAACCUCGGUGGAGUUAUUGGAAGUUUGGUUCCCCUGGGCCAAAACAUACACUCAACAGCCGGCGAAGUCAACGAUGGCACAUACAUUGCCUUCAUGAUCCUCAUGGCCAUCGGCUUCGUGCUCGCCUGGGGCCUGUCAGACUCCAAAUACAUCAAACGCAAAGACGGCUCUAGAGUCAUCGCCAUCAAACAACCUACCUGGAAGACCGAGAUCAUGGGUCUGUUCGAGACUCUUCGCCACGACCACUACAUCAUUCUGCUGUUCCCUAUGUUUCUGGCCAGUAACUGGUUCACCGCAUAUCAGUUCAACGCCGUGAAUGGCUCUUACUUUAAUAUCCGCACUCGCUCUUUGAACAGUUUGCUUUACUGGCUCAGUCAGAUGAUCGGCGCCUUUGUGUUUGGGCAAUUGCUCGACCUCAAGUUCUUGUCGCGCACAAUGCGCGCAAAGUUGAAUCUGGGAUUGUUGUUUGCGCUUACGAUGGGUAUUUGGGGUGGAGGGUAUGCUUUUCAGAGAACGUAUGAUCGGCAGUCUGUCAAGCCAGAUAUGGACUGGAGUUCGCCGGGUUACGUUGGUCCUAUGUUUUUGUAUAUGUUUUACGGGUUUUAUGAUGCCUCGUUUCAGACGUGCACAUACUGGUUCAUGGGCUCCUUGAGUAACAACAGUCGCAAACUUGCCAACUUCGCAGGGUUCUACAAGGGCAUCCAAUCCGUCGGACAGGCAGUUACUUGGCGCAUGGAUGCGUUGGACACAUCCUUCAUGCGCGAAUUCGCCGCGUGCUGGGGCAUUCUCGCUGGAUCUCUCGUGAUCGCGUCCCCCGUGGUCUUUUUCCGAAUCAAGGAUCAUACAGAUGUUGAGGAAGAUCUCAAAUUCUCAGACGAGACCCUUAACGAAGUUGCUCCUGAUCACGUUGUGGAAGAGAAGUAA